AUGGCGCGUCCAGGGGCGCUGGUCGCCCUGGUGGCGGCGCUAUCGUGCGGAUUGGUCUCUGGAAUGAAUCCCAGCGCGGGAGAAGUGGGGACGUUGAGCGGCGCCGCAGUGACCAGGCCGGCCGCCAAGGCUGCGGCGCCCGACACUGCUGCCCGCCUGGCGGGCACGCCUGGCACGGCGCCGCCGCUGCAGUGGGAGCUACAGCCGCCGGUGCAGGAGCAACAGUUGCAGCAGCAACAGCAGCAGCAGCAGCAGCAGCUUCAGCAGCAACGUCAGCAGCAGCAUCUUCAGCAGCAGGGGCACCAGCAAUGGGCACAACUACAGCAGCCCAGUGCCCCGCAGCAGGUCGCUGACGUGGCAGCCCUUCCAGGCGGGAGCGACGCCCCCGCCCCGGCCGCGGCAGUGCCCGCGCCCGCCCGCGGGCCGUCGUCCCCCCACAAGGCGCUGUGGCCCCUGAGCCAUGCGGACGUGCUCAUGUUUGCGCUGGCGGCCGGCACGCUG